ACUGAAGUCUCCUUCAUGGCCUAUUUUCAUACAUCCUGUUCUGCAUAUUAGAUUGUGUGAAUUCUUCAUAUGUUUAUGCUUAGCAGGCUUGUUUUAAUAAAAAAAAAACGUAUUUCCUCAAACUGUAGAAGUUUGUCUUCAAAACUCAUCACAGCUACUCCAUCAGUCCACUGCCUAAUUAUUUUACAGUUUGCAAUGAGCUGGUCUUUUCUUACUGAAGUGUAAAACCAGAGGAUGAUGGGUUUCCUUGUUUAACCACUUCUUACAUUAAUAGAUGUUUUAUGUAACUUUACAUUUAGUAUCACAAAAUCAAGACUCUUCACAGAUUUUUUUUAGGAGAUAUACCGUUAAAUAACAGUAUGUACUGUAUAAAUAUCCCAGAAAAAUAAUACUAAAUUAAACUGAAUCAACAGUAAACACUGAAAGGCUUCUGAAACACCAAAAGGCAUUUAGCAAAGCAAGAUGACAUUAUAGCCAUAAUCAGAUUUAAAUGAUACACUGAACCAGAGUAAGCUGUCCUUUAUGAUUUAGUUAAAAGUCUAAUAUACUGUGUAAAACAAUGUACGAGAGUUGUUGUCUAUUAGAUCAUUUGAAUAAAAGCAGCCCUGCCUUCUUCCUUGUUCUAACCGCUUUUUAUUUUUCCUGUCGUGGUUUUUAGUGGCUAUUUUUUACUCUGAGGUGACAGUUUCAACUCUGAGUGCAUUAAAGUGAGUCACAGAAACAAGAUCUGCAAAUUUGAACGGUUUGAUUAAUGGUUGCCAAUGUUAAUAAAAUGCUAAUUUAGCUAUUAAAACAUUAAGUCUAACUCCUGACUUACGAUGCCUGGAUGUUUCAUUCAUAUUUGGCUGUGUUUCUUUGCUGUAUUUGAUUUGACAGCGAGAGAAAUUGAAGUCAAAGAAGUGCAGACGGGCUUAUACAGUCGUGUUGAGCUGACUGGAGAGGAACUUGAUCAACAUACUGCUGAUUUUCUGCACUCAGUGGAAUGGACCAAACGAAAUGGAUCAAUAACAUGUCUAUGUUUUAAAAAAACCAUCACAUUCAGUGCUGCAUACAGUCAAUGCUGUGGCACAGCUCAUUUCUAUUUAAACAAUAACAGCCUCAUUCUGGAGAACGUGACAACAAAGGAUGAAGGAGUCUUCACUGAAACAAUAAUUAGAGGAAACGGCACUACAAAUAUGCUCAGCUUUACAUUAAUUAUUCAGUACCCUCCAAGUGCAACAGAAAUUGUGGUCUCCUGGACCUCCAGCACAUCUGUGACUCUCAAAUGUGAAGUGAGCGGCUUAUUUCUGCAUCUGAUGUGGAAGAGAGAAGGAUUCCCUAUUCUAGAGAAACACAGACACUCAUUCAGUGAGAGGAACCAAACUCUACACAUCAGCAACAUAACCAGCUCCGAUUACGGGACGUACAGCUGUUUUGCUUCAAAUGCAUAUGGAGAAUCAGAAAAGCACACAUAUAUUACCGGUGAGAACUCAACUGUUAACCGAGGAAAUGGCGCUGGUGGUAAAACUCAGUCUGAUCAGAUUGUGCUUUCAAGUGGACUUACACUCGCAGGAGUUUUGGGAAUGUGCAUCGUGUUCUACUGCCUUCACAAAAACCAUCACAGGCAAAGAGCAGAAAAUGGCAGAACUACAGAUGAAGGGGGUGCAGACAAUGACCAUGGUAUUUAUCAGGAAGUACCUGUCACUGAAGAGGUGACUCCUUUACCGUACGUCUACACAGACUUCAUUAAGCCGAAAGAGAGCAGUCAGGCCUCCGCUGCAGCGACACACUUCGAGGACUUUGGUUACUCUGAGGUCGGACCCACAUGCAGGGAAGAAACAGUCGUUCUAGAUGAGCGUGUCUCUAAUGAACAGUCCACAGCGUGUCCUGAUGCUGGAGAGGAGUAACAACUGAUAUAAGAGACUACAAAACAUGUUGGAGUGAAAACAGCGAAUACUAAUAACACACUUUCAUGUUCCUGAAUCUGGUGCAGCGCAACAAGUGCAACAUAUA